CAAUCCGCGCCGUACCGUUCCCGGGUUUAGUUCGCAUGCCAUACGCMAGACGCUUUGUCCCAUUUCUCCCUCCGAAGAGAGCUUGGUUUUGUCUCUUACGAGGUACGGUACAGCACGCGGUACGAAUCUGUCUAAGGGCAUCGUUCAUUACAACACGAGUUCCUUUUCGCUCUACUGGCACAACGGUCUUCAAAACGCAAUACGUUCAAUCGAACCUUCUAGCAACCACCGCUAACUAGUGGACAAGCAACCAUAGGAGAAAGAUUGCACAUCACUGCCAUAGGAUUCGAUACGAAAAGAAACUUUUCCGUAUUAUUGUCAGGCGUGCCUCCUGUUUAUCUAUUAACUACGGUAUAUUGAUAGAACUGUUUUGAUCGUGAUUCGAUUCGUUUGCAUUACUACCCGAUUGUGCUCAGUAUAAUUGGUUGUUGCAAAAGAGUCAAAACGCGGGAACAAAACAGCUGAGAUCUCAUCAUCUAAUGGAAUUACGUGCGGUCCGGGGCAAGUCUUCAUUCAGUUAGUGAGGUGUAUCUCGUGAUUGCAUCUAUCCAUUACCGAAAAAGGACUUKAAACUCGAGAUCAAUAAUUUUUCAUUUCCUUCUUUUGACACUCUGUCGAGACACAAAUUCGCAACCGCGCAACAUACCUGCAACAAGCAUCAUACAAAUUGGUAAGUAGUGAUCAAAACGGAAGCGAAGGACAAGUGCAGGAAAACUCAGAAAUUAAUCAAUCGUGAGACUGGAUGGAACAGGUCUGGCUCUGCUUGCGAAAGAAAUUGGUUGGCARUCAACUAAUCGAUCGGAGAUGAAAGCUGGAAUCUACUGUUGCGUCACAGUAACAGUAUCCUUUUGUCUUUGAAUCUUUGCCUUCGGACUGAUUCUUUUUUGUCUGUCCCGCUGGGAUUGUUGGAGUUGGUUCAGAGAAGAAAACAAUCUGGACUGAGGGAUUUGUAAAUAUUCGUUCUGCUAACGUUUACAUCGAACCUUCCCCUUUCCCCUGUUUCCCAUAUCAUAUUCCUCUUUCCAGAUUCCUCAUCUUCUUUUCUCGGACUGCAACCAAAACAAAAAAUGCAAGGAGUUCCCACAAAGAAUGUAUCAUCAGCAGGAAAGAAGAAUAAUCUGCAACAGCAGUCACAGCCAUCCCCAACUUCUGUGAAGGAUCUUACGAUCGAUGUCAACAGUCCUCCCAUCGAUAGAGGUCUGCCCUCUCCURUAGACAGCAAAUCCAGGCGAAAUCGAAGACGAAGGAAACCGAAGGCUCGGGGAAAUCAAGKUGAACCUGUUGCAUCACCUGCUCGGAAUCCCAACAAAACUCCCAACAGUACCAAGAACAAGAGCAGUCACAACAACUCUCCCAAUAACAACAGCAAUCAUACGUCAUCACCUUUUUGCUCACCAAUUGUUUCGUGGAGGAGCAGCCGCCCUCGCAACGGCAAUAAUAACAGUCGACAUAACACCAAGAAUAACAAGCAAUGGAACCAUCCUUCUCCUCGCUUUAGCAAAAAUGUAAGCAGUCCUGCGUGCCCGGCUUCUACGGGAUUCCCGACGUCAAAGAAACAACACGAUGCGCCCAUGAAAAAACGUGAUCUUUACUUCGCGUUGCAUGUGGAACGGGUGGGGAUUGCACCUCUACCAGAGAACGAAACACAGCAGCAGCAAAAGGCUGUGGCGAGAGUCACUCUCACCAAUUGGGAAAAUGAGAUUGUUCUUGAUACAUUUGUGGCGAUUCCGGUCCCUGUYACCGACUUUUACGAGACGGGCAUCAGGCCUGAGCACGUGAAGCCGAACACUAAGAGCACCAAUGCUAUCGGAAGUGCAGUUGCCGAGGGCRUUGCGUCCGACAAAAAUAUUGCACCGGCACACUCCUCGCAGUGUUUUUCUGAGGUGCGUGCCAAAGUUGAACAGAUGUUGCGUGGAAAGAUUUUGAUCGGUCACGAAUUAGAUGAGGGUCUGCAGGCUCUUGGCCUUGUGCAUCCAACCACAGACAUGCGAGAUUGUUCGGUCUACUUUUCAGACGAGAGAAAGCCGGGACAUUCUUCUCUAAAAUCUCUGGAGGAGUUGAGCCGAAAAGAAUUGAACCGAUGGUCGGUCAAGGCUUCGAAGGCCAGAGUUGCGAAGGAUAUUUCUAACAAAGAGGCGAUUAUAUUUUCCAGCAAGGAUCAUUCGAUUAGCAAAACACCCGUCCUGGUCUGUGUCACAAGCAUGRAYAUUUAYAAGAAGCACCGAAAUGCGUGGGAGACUUCACUGAUUGUGCAAGCGAGAGAACGGGAGCGGCAACAGCAAGAGCAUCUCCUCAAGAUUUCUGAGCAGCGGCAGCAGGAACAAGAGCGAGCUCGCCGAGAAGCGCAGCAGCGAUGUCAACAGCAAUAYCGAGAUGCUAUUACUACAGUAUCCAUGAACUGCGAGACUGUCCGUACGGGACGAACCAAAACAUUGACAAGGGUCACGAUCGUGGAUGGUCCUUCGAGGAACGUUGUUUUGGACGAAUUUUGCCAGAUGGUUUUUCCGGUUACGGACUUCACUGCCUUAGAUGCCAAGAUUCCUGGCAUGCAUGUUCCUCRCCAUCAAACUGACAAUUCAUGUUCUUCGAAGCCGAUUUCCGUCGUUMGGGCCCUUGUGGAACAAUCUUUGCGAGGAAGACUUCUUGUGGGCUACAAAGUCGAAGAGGGUCUCAAGGCCCUUGGACUGACUCAUCCCUGGGCACAAACUCGAGAUAUAGCCUAUUAUCCACCCUUUCUACGCAACGCAUCAGUUGCUGAUACSUCUAUGGUUACUGUCCGACCUUUGGACGACCUUAGCGAGGAUUUUUUGAGACAGCAGCUCCGACCGGUCGGUGACCGAUGYCGUCCGCUAGACGUUUGCCGGACUACUCUAUGCUUGUACGAAGCGGUUCGUGAUCAGUGGGAGGGCCAGCAGCGAGAUUCCUACCCGCAUCACGUCCAUCCACAACACUCACARAACCUUCAACCACAACAACCUGGAAGAAUGAUGRCCUGCUCACCUUCUGCAUCCUCUGUCGGGAUGUUGCACUCUCCGCACCMCAAUCACUAUAACCAUCAGCCCAACCAUUGUUACGGACAGCAGACGGAUUUGACGUCUUACGGAGGACCCACGAUGAUUCUKUCUCCGACUCAACGGCAGCAAUAUCAACCACAUKUGAUGGAAGAACAGCAACAGCGUCCGGAUAUGCAGUCGCGAUCGAAUCCCUCCUCAUGGUUUCCAUGGGGGAAGAAUCAACCUCUUCAAGAAAAUCAAGUUGGUGGUGCAUCACAGAUGCUCUCUCCACAAGCCUACCAGGUCCUUCAAGAAGUCUCCGGAGUACAAUAUGCGUCAUUUUCUCCGUCCAAAAAAUCCUUUUUCCAGGAUAACUCCUCCGUUGAUUCUUACUAUGGAAACUCUUCUUACAUCGAAGGUACCAGCAGGUACGAAGAAUCCACCGUUGGAGGAAGAAGUGGUUUAAUUUCGGAAACAGUYGCGACCGAAUCACUAAUAUCUUCAUUGCCCGAUGAAUCAUCGAGUGUUAUAAGCAGUGAUCAACCUCUGAGCACUGUGGGUUCACCUCGCUUGUGUUUAAAGAACGAUUCACCCUCUUCAUCUUCGUGGUUUCGUUUUGGAUCAAAAAAGUCCAAGUAUCCAACAUCCAAUGAUGUGAAGACCAAUUGUGAGACAAUGGCGGCAGUUCAAGAAAUGGAGGUCUUGAGUGAUGAUGGAAUGCUUCCAACACCUACCACGCUGUUUUCUUCAAAAGRUUUGGAAAAAGAUAAUUCAAAGUCUCAACCUAAGACCGAUAAUGCAGAAACUAUCACGGAAGGAACCGCCAUGUCUCCUUCUUUGUUUUCACGAAAAUUAUUCGGAUUCCGAAAGCCAUCAAUUUCCACUGGGGGCAAGGAGCGGUCGCACUCUCCUUCCAGCUGUUCAUCAGAAUCGACUAUUGAUGAGUUAUCAAUCGCAGCUGAGCCAGAGGGUUUUCCUGACACGGCGACGGAGGCAUCCAUUGAAAUAACACUUUCCAUUCCRAACUCGACAGAAACUGAAGGUGGUGAUACAUGUUCGCUCUUAGUUGAGAAGGCCGAAUCCACGACGUUGGCGAGUCGACCUAGUAGUUCUUCUUGGUUUGGUUUCCGCCGUUCAUCGAAGUCGUUGGGAUCAAAAUGCAAAAACUUUCCAUCAGACUCGCUAACGAAGGUAUCUGACCCUACAGUCAUGCCUYAUCAUCYAGGUUUGCCAUCGGCUCCUACCGAACGAACGGCAGCAAUGGAAGAUGACUGGUUGCAAGAAGUCAUGACUGGUACAACCGACGACCUUAGUCCAUGGUUGAACGAGAACCCGCAAGAUAAGGSUGGUGAAGAAACAGGCAAGUCGUCCGCUACAUCUCGAGGUCAAGCAUCGUGGUUUGGUUUCAAACGUGGCAAGGUGACGAGCUUGAACAAAGUGACUCCGCUCACGAAUGGAUUUGAUUCAAUAGGGGGGAUGGAAAUGAAUCAAGAUCCACGAGGCGAUAGUGCGUGGAGAAGCGAUUCUCCAAAAGAUGACUACUGGUCAGCAGCGACGAAUACUCCGAUGUCUGGUUCUGAUGAAGAGACUCUGUCAACCAUACUCAUGAAUGCGAACAGCGAGAAUAAUAAUGACGACAGCGACAUUUUUCGCCCCAGAGCGCGUUUGCCCACAGAGUCCACGGUUCCAAGCGUAGCAACUGAGGUUGCAYCGGAAGAGGAAAAGUSUGUCUCGGAUGAUUGCUACUCGAAAGAGCUUGAUUUUGGAGCGGUUGAAAGCUUUAACUUUUUGAAGAUUUAAUUUCACCCGACCAAACAUCACUCUGUUUGCUGCUGCUGCUACUGCUACAAAGUGUUAUAAAGGGAAUGAGUCUCGAGGAUAGACAGAGAGUCGUCAAAAUCAGUAAARUCUGCGCUUCCGCCGGACAUAAAUAUGUGUUAUAGAUGGCUGUCGCUUUAAUUUUAAAAAAUAGAAUACUUCAUGCGAA